AUCGAGCGCAAAGGGGGCAGGACUUUUCCUCUCCGGCUCCUAUUAAGACCAAACUUUCUCCAUUUCUCUUUCCAAGUUCAACCCUGACCGCACUCGCUUCCAUCCUUCGCAGGAUGGACCCGCGACUAACUCAUCUCCUCAUCUCGUCCCCGGUUCGGACCUAGUCUCGCCUUCUCCAUGCGCCGAACGAACAAUGGUGGGGUUCCUCGGUUCGUUUUGCUUCCGUCUGCUGUCGCUUUACGUGCUGCUGGACUCGCAGCUCGGAGCCGGAGCCCCCGUUUUCCAGGGUUUUUAUCUCCCACCUGCGAACGGAUCGCAGUUCUCGCCAGCCCGCAGGACGGAUGGGGUGGUUCGGACUAUAGAUCGGAUUUAUAACGGAGGAGGGAAAGCGGGAUACCUCGUCUACCUGGACGGAACUCGAUUCCAGCUGGACAUGGAGCGCGACGGAUCGCUUCUGUCGCAUCGCUCGGGCUCGGAGUCCGUCCUCGCCGCCAUCGGAGCCGGUUCUGGCUUUCUGCAGCGGGACUGCGUCUACCGGGGGACGGUCGACACCGAGCCGGAGUCGCUGGCCGUCUUCAACCUGUGCGGCGGAGGUCUGGAGGGAUUCUUCGCCGUGCGCGGCGUCCGUUACUCGAUCACGCCGAUCGUGCGUGCCAAGGGACGAGAGCGCGACGCGCGCACGCUCCAGGACCAGGACGCCGAACACGCCCUCCACGUGUUCACGCGCGAGCGCUUCAGUUUUGAAGCCCAGCGGGAUUUCGGCGAGAGCUGCGGGACGCCGGAGCGGCGCAAGAGAUGGCGGAGACGCAGAGUCGGGACCGCCGAGUCGGACACGAACGCGCGCGGGAAGAGGUCGGUCUCCAGGGCGAGACACGUGGAGCUGCUUCUGGUAGCGGACCAGACCAUGAGCAAGAAGUACGGGAAGGACUUGAACCACUAUCUUCUGACGUUGGCUUCCAUCGCGUCCAAGUUGUACGGGCACGCCAGCAUCGAGAACCCCAUCCGGUUAUCCGUGGUUAAAGUCACCACGCUCGGCGAGAAAGAUAAAGGAUUGGACGUGUCCAAGAACGCGGCGACGACUCUCAAGAGCUUCUGCAAGUGGCAGAACCAGCAAAACCCGCUGGAUGACGACCACCAGCACCACCACGACGCCGCCAUCCUCUUCACUAGGCAGGACCUUUGCGGCCAUCACUCCUGUGACACCCUAGGAAUGGCAGACGUCGGCACGAUCUGCUCUCCGGAGAGAAGCUGCGCUGUCAUCGAGGACGACGGCCUUCACGCGGCCUUCACGGUGGCUCACGAGAUCGGCCACUUGCUGGGUUUGUCCCACGACGACUCCAAGUUCUGCGAGGAACGCUUUGGCGUCAACAGCGACAAGAGGCUCAUGUCUUCCAUCCUGACCUCCAUCGAUGCGUCCAAACCUUGGAGCCGCUGCACCUCCGCCACCAUUACAGACUUCUUUGAUGAUGGCAACGCCGAGUGUCUUCUGGACUCACCGCGUCAGCCCCUGUUGGGUCCCGAGGAGCUACCGGGUCAAAGCUACGACGCCGUGCGGCAGUGCCGCCUGGCUUUCGGCCCAGAAUACACCGUCUGCCCCGGGAUGGACGUCUGCUCUCGUCUGUGGUGCGCGGUCAUCCGCCAGGGACAGAUGGUCUGUCUGACCAAGAAACUACCGGCUGUGGAGGGAACCCCCUGCGGGAAGGGACGCAUCUGCCUGCAGGGGAAGUGUGUGGACAAAACGCGCAAGAGACAUUACUCGUCAUCCAACCAUGGCAGUUGGAGCUCCUGGGGUUCUUGGGGGUCGUGCACCAGAACGUGUGGGGGUGGAGUGCAGUUCGCCCAGCGCUUGUGCAACAACCCGCCGCCACGGAAUAACGGCCGUUACUGCACAGGGAAGAGAGCCAUCUAUCGCUCCUGCAACGUUACGCCAUGCCCACCGUCCAAUAAGAGUUUCCGUCAGGAGCAAUGCGAGGUGCGAAAUGGUCCUCAAACGGAUCCGAAAGGCGUGAAAACGUUUGUGGAGUGGGUGCCCAAAUAUGCCGGAGUUCUCCCCAAAGAUGUUUGCAAACUCACCUGCAGAGCUAAAGGAACUGGUUACUACGUAGUCUUCUCGCACAGGGUGAUAGACGGGACAGAGUGCCGUCCUUACAGCAGUUCGGUCUGCGUGAAGGGCAAGUGCGUACGAACGGGCUGCGAUGGCAUUAUCGGGUCCAAGCUUCAGUUCGACAAGUGCGGCAUAUGCGGAGGCGACAACACGGGAUGUGUCCGGGUGGUGGGCAACUUUACCAAGAAAAGUAAGGGCUACACCGAUGUGGUGAAGAUCCCCGCAGGCUCCACUCACAUCAAGGUCCGUCAACACAAGGCCAAAGACCAGAGCCGCUUCAGCGCCUACCUGGCCCUCCGAAGACCGAGCGGGGAUUACCUCCUCAACGGCAAGUUCAUGAUCUCCACCUCUGAGACCAUCGUUCCGUUCAACGGCUCUGUGCUUAACUACAGCGGCUGGAGUCAAAGGGAUGAGUGGCUCCACGGCAUGGGCCCCGGGGCCCUCAGAGAAGCUUUGGUAGUCCAGAUCCUUGCAACAGAUGUUAAAAAGCCCCUAGAUGUCCGUUACAGUUUCUUCAUGCCGCGCAGGACGGCUCCUCAACAUUCGCCGCCUAGUUUGAAUUUAGCCCGUUUGCAGGCUACGACGACUGUCGCGAUAGGAACCACUAGCGGUGGCAGCACUACGACAUCCUCACCCACUCCUACUAUCCUAGUCCCUGCGCCAACUACAGCCACCGGAUUGUCGACACCGCCGCCCGGGCCCCAAUGGGUGACGGGAGCAUGGAUGACCUGCUCUAGAACUUGUGACGCCGGUUGGCAGAGCAGGACAGUUCAAUGUAAGGCCCUGGGUGGGAAACUGUCCAAAGGAUGUUUAUUGAGUUCCCGACCCUCUGCUUUUAAACACUGUCUUGUGAGAAAUUGCUGAAACAACAAGAGAAGCAGUCCAGGACUCAGUCACUUGGACUUGAAGACAUCAUCUAGAACUUUUAAACAGGACUAGGAAUAUCAGGCCUAGUUUUACAGACACUCCAUUCUCGGAAUCCAGUUAAGCCAGGACCUGUUUGUCUUAUAGUCGAGGACUUGUGUCGCAUGUUGGUGACUCAACUUUGUUUCGGCGUCCAAACUUUUGUAUGAUGUGUGCGCGUGUUUGAGUCCUACAUCUAUGAGGGCAGGGAAGUGUCCGAUGCUUUGUAAAAGAAAAAAUAUGCUAAUGCUAAUAGCCACAACGAUCCGAAAUGGAAGUAUUGACUUACAACCGAAACAGACUUUCUUUGGUAGAUUUCGUUUUGCAACCACUUUUGCUCAGAAGUAAUCAUCCAGUUAGAAAUUGUUGCUGCUAAUGUGUACAUCCCUUGUACAUCAUGCGAUUCGUGUUAGCUAUUUAGCACGUUAGCCGCCAGUGUCAGCCACACACACUUCUGUUUCUAUGGCUUAGAACAAAAAUAAGCGCACAUUUAACUUGAUAAUGUUAGCGGCUAACAAACUAGCUACAACAAAUUCUAUACUUCAGUUGUGGUCAUUUUGCUUCUCUGUUAUGGCUAUUUUUUCAGGCAAUUUGCAAAUUCCAACUGCUUUGCAAAAGAAAAAACGCGAAUGCUAAUAGCAAAAAAAUGUGAAAUGACCGCAACCGAAGUAUUGACGUACAACUGAAGUAGACUUAUUUUGGUAGGUUUCCUUUGAGAUCAUUUCUGCCCAAAAGUAGUCAUCCGGUAAGUGAUUAUUGCUGCUAAUGUUUAUAUCCCUCCCGUUGUUGCUCUAAUGCCACUAAUUUCAGCCACACACUUAACCGUUAGCAGCUAAAGUUAUAGCAACAACAAUCUUUAGAGGAUGUCUAAAUCCAAAUGGUCAUAAUUGUUGUAUGACAUUAGCUGCUAACGUUAACAUCCAGUAGAGAUUGUAGUAAGUACUUCUAACUCAAUUGUUCUUAACUUUGCUAAAGGUACUGAACCCCACAAGUUUCACAUGUGGAUGGACCGAACCCUUCGGAAUUAGAUAAAUUAAAAUUCAAAACCAAUAUAUCUAAGCUAGCAAGCUAAUAAUUUAGCAAAAUCCCGUUCAAAUUUGUUCUUAUUUUGACAGCAUGUUUUAUAAACAGAUCAAAAUUUGAGAACACCAGUUCCUCUUCUCAUCAGAUCGAAGACUAGCGGUUAAAUAAAUAUGGAUUAAGCCUGUGAAUUGGGAGUAAACCAGUCCAAAACCUGGUCUAAAAAGCCACUGUGCAUAGAUUUAAUCGGCAUCCGAAAACAGGGCUCUUAUUUUGUUUACCUUCACGGAACCUCUUAGACUUACUGAACCCCUGGGGUUUGACCAAGCCCAGGUUAAGAACCAUGGAUCUACACACAAUCCAGCACGAUUUGUUGAGUUUUGGUCAGAAGCUAUAGUUAUAACAUUAGACGCUAAUGUUAGCUACACACUUCUAUUGUAAGUCUUACUACUAGUAAGCACAUACUUAGGUCUGACUUGCUAACAUUUGCGGCUAAUGUCCUAUCUACAAUUCUAUACUUCAGUUGCGGUCAUUUUGCGUUUCUGUUGAGGCUAUUUGUCAGGCAAUUUGCAAAUUCCAACCGCUUUGUAAUCGAAAAAAAAAGACAUUGCUAAAAGCCGCAACGUGAAUGCAAAAUGAAUAUAAAGUAUUGACUUACAAAAAAAGUAGGCUUACUUGCUCAUUUAGUUACUUGCUUACUUUGGUAGAGUUCUAUUUGCAACCAUUUCUGCUCACGAGUAAUCAUCCGGUUAGGGUUUGGUGCUGCUAACGUUUACAUCCCUUAUAGACUGUUGUAGCGAUGGAGGAUUGAUGGAUAGCUAAUGGGUAGGCUCAUGUCAGCCACACACUUAACCGUUAUCAGCUAACGUUAUAGCUACAACAAACUCUACAAAUGGUCAGAAGUAGGCAUCCACUAGAGAUUGAUGCAUGACGUUGGCCGCUAGCGUUUACAUCCAGUAGAGAUUGUAGUGGCUACGUCUGACUGGCAAACGUCCCUGCCUAGAAAUCCAGCAAACGAUCGCUUCUGUACAAACAAGACCAGUACCACAACACCAGACAUCCCAGGUUCCAAAAACUAAUUUCAGACAGACCUAGCUACUACAAUCUCUACUGAAUGUAAACGUUUUAGACUAAUGUCAUACAACCACCUACACCGGAGGUCUACUUCUGACAAACACACAAAAUUGGCAGAAGCCGUCUUUUAGUCAGAAAUAGACACCCUGUAGAGAUUGCGGUAACUAUAAAAAUUAGCUAAUGUUCGCCACACACUUCUGUUGUAGGGCGUACAACGGAAGUAAGCACACACAUCUAACCGCUAACAUUAGCGGCUAAUGUCAGAGCUACAACGAUCUCUACUAAACGUUAACAGCUAACAGCAUACAAAAGUGGAUACUGGAUGACUAUUUCUGAAACGUUUUGUUCUGUUUUGGUCAUAUUGCAUUCGCGUUGUGGCUACUUGCUAUCGCCUGACAUUUCCUGGCCACCAUACACAUCCAUCCAAAUAAGGGAGACGCACGUCCAGCUUACUUUGUUGCUUUGACCGUCCAGCUUUCAAGGAACAGGGGCAGACUUUGACCGACAUCGGACGGUGAAAUGGAAAUGGUGCUUACAGUCGGAUACAGUUUUACCUAGCUUGAGACUUGAUCAGGUUCUCUGAGUUCCUUCGCUCCGCAACAACUCAGGAAGAACGUUCUUCCUCACGACACAAGUGGUGAUUGCCCUUAUCCCCUGCGCUUUUUAAAGCAGAGGUGUCCAAACUUUUUCUGUCAGAAAAAUCAAAUCAUGCAACCUGGAAUCCUUCCACUUAAUUUACUAAACGGAUGAUUGGGAUCAGGUAAAAAAGAUUUUUUUUUUAAUGUAUUAACUCAUCUGCUGCCAUUGACGAGGAUAGACAGAUCGAUCCAUUAUGACAGGCUAUUCACAGGUGCAAAGCCUUGUGUCUAUGCUUCAGAUCGACAACCAUGACUUUACAUAGUUGGUCAAUUGAUGACGUGCGUUAGUGGACUAUGUCAAGUCACGGCUGCUACUUGAAAGUCACAUCCUCAAGUCUUUGUGCUUGUGAAUGACGCAAAGACUUGUGGGUGAAUUCAUUUGAAUCAGGUGUGUUGGAGGAGGAAGACAUGGAAAACAAGCUGGAUAGGGGCUUUCGAGGACCGACGUUGGCUACCCCUGGUGUAAAGAGAAGUGGAUUCACUUUCCGAGUUGCAACCGUAACUUUACAUAGUUGGGGAAUUAUGACCCGUGUUAGCGACCUAUUUGCACCUCAAAAGUUAUACCCACAAGUCUUUGCGCCAUACACAAGCGAGUAUGUAAAGUCUUGGUUGCUACACAAAAGUUGUACCCACAAAUCUUUGAGCUUGUAAAUAUGGUAAAGACUAGUGGGUACACUUUCCAAUUGCAACCAUAACUUUACAUAGCUCGUGAUACUCAGUUAUACCCACAAGUCUUUGCGCCAUACAUGAGCGAGCAUGUAAAGUCAAGGUUGCAACACAAAAGUUGUACACACAAAUCUUCGCUUCUUCUUCUACUCGAGUUAGAUGAUUCCAGUCCAUGGUUGGAUGGAUUGUCUGGCACUCGGGGUUAAGGCAGCUAGGUCCUCUUGGGUGCAAGAUGUCGGGACUAGUGGGCAGAAAAGAAGAUGAUCCUCUCCAUACAGAUAAGAGAUGUCGCCAUUCUCAUUAAACCCACACUUUGUCAGGUUUAUUUUGCAUCGGCCGACAGCAAUUCUCAAUCGGUUAUGGCAAGACCAGAGUGGCCAUGCUUCAUUAGUUCGCAUGGCCUGGUAGAAGACACUGUGUGUGGGGUUGGGUAAGAUGUUCUGUCCACAGAGCGACACGCUGCUUGUCUGAUUGUCUUUGCGCUUGGUGUAAAGACUAGUGGGUACGCAUUCCGAUUGGCAACCGGGUAUGUAAUGUCACGGUUGCUGCACUUGUGAAAGGCGCAAAGACUUGUGGGUACACGUUCCGAGUGGCAGCUACGACUUUACAUAGUUUGUGAAUUCUGACCUAUGGAAAGUUAUGGUUGCUAAACAAAAAAGCUUCACCCAUAAAGAAUUGUGGGUACACUUUCCGAGUGGCAACCGUGACUCAUGACCUAUGUAAGUAUUCUAUUGACAAGCACACAAUAUGAGCCUCACUUCAUCUGCCUAUAUGAAAGUUAAAAAGUUUUAAUAUAAAACUGAGCUGCAUCACAGGAUUAGAUAUUAAGAUAUAUAUUUACACUAAUGAAACAAACCUUUCAGAACAAAGAGAAACUUUCCAGCAUCAGCCAGAAAAAAAACAAAACGAUAAAAACACAAGUUAGCUCAAUUUAUCAUUUUGUAUAAGGCAGAAAACACUCAGGUUUGUUGAAGUUCCGCUCUGAGACCCCCAAUUUGGCCAGAUUUAAAAAUCGUACUAUAUGCAUGUGUGAUACAUUAUUGGAAAGCUUAAAAUCUCAAUUUCCUGGGGGAAGAAAAUUUUUUAACAGGAGGACAUUUAAAAAAAAAAAAGAAAAGAAAAAUUAAACAGCAAAACCCUAACUUGAGCUGAGAGCAUGCGAGAACAUAAUUACAGACGCCAUGAUUUUAACGAGCUAUCACGUACUUACCUCUUUUCGAUCCAAAAACUACAGCUGUGAAUGGGCACAGCCGGAUUUUUGGGGGAUUUUACAGGUGAAACAUGAUCAUAUAACAAAGGUCUCAAUGCAGAAAUCGCAGACAUCAAGGAGUGGUCGAGAUUUUCAUUUUUAUAUAUUUACCCUUUUAAAUGAUUUUUUUCCCCAUUUUUCUUUGUUUCGAUCGAUUAUUUAUCAUCUAAAAUAUUGGAGAAAAUGCGACAGUAACGAAAAAAAUACAAUUAAGUGAUAGUUAUGAGGUAGAUAUCUGUGACUUUUUUACAAAUGCUAAUUUUUUCAUUGUGACGUAAUUUGUUUAAAAGUUUAAAAUAUGCGAGUGAAUAAUUUUUUUAAGUUUUUUUUUUUUUUUUAAUUAAAAGACAUCAAUUAAUGAUUCUAAGCUAAAAAUGACAGACAUUUCGAAUAAUUAUAAAUACGAUUACUUCUUUUUAUGGCCAGGUUGAAACAAAAGCGGUUGUGCGACAUCUGUAAACGGGGGUUUCCAGGAUAAAACGGACAAAUUAAAAAUAGUUCGGGGACUUAAUGCUCCAUGAAUCUGUUAUGGCAGCAUAUGGACAUAUUGUUCUAUCAAACACAACAGUUCUUUUGGCUUAAAAUACAGCAGUUUAUUUUAAAGAGGGGUGCAGGAGCAGAAACUGCUUUUUCAGCCUCGUCUGUGUUUUCCGCCAUAUACUAUUAAAAGUAUCUGAACCUUUUGGAAUUUCUCAUAUUUCUGCAUGAAAUCACCAUCAAAUGUGAUUUGAUCUUUGUCAAAAUCCCGCAGAUGAAAAAAAAACAGUUGUCUGCUUUAACUAAAACCACCCAAGCAUUUAUAGGUUUUCAUAUUUUAAUGAGGAUAGCAUGCAAACAAUGACAGAAGGGGGAAAAAUAAGUCAAAGAUCCGAUCACAUUUGAUGGUGAUUUUAUGCAGAAAUGUGAGAAAUUCCAAAGGUUCAGAUGCUUUUUAAUUACGUAAAACAAAAUAGUGUAAUCCUAAACUUUCCUCCAUUGAUUUCAACAAGUUUUCAGAUUUUGACCAUAAGCCCAUGGAGAAGCACCGUUUCAGUAACUAUCUCCAUCUAGUGUUGAAGCUGAGAAGUGCAAACAAUGUAGGCUGAACGCAAUCUUCUUGUUUGAGCCAUGUUCAAUGAUAUUUUCAUCAUUAAUAAAAUAAAAACGAGUUUGGACACCCCUGUUUUUACGAACACAGCGUCAACUUUCAGAUGGAUUAAUAAACCAUGACUGUUCUUAACUCCUUAGCUGCCAUUGACAGUAGUAAAUGAACCAGAUCUGCUUUAAAAAUGGACUGUUUUUACAUUCACCGCGCAGUCAUUUUGGUAUAUUACCACUUACAAGACUGAAACUCAGGAAACACAACAGCAACAACAUUUUUAUUUUUUCACAAAUCAACUCAAAGGUUUCACUGUCAACGGCAGAGAAUAAGUUAGAACUCACAUGGAAAUUCAAGACGGAUCACUAAUUUUGCUUCAUUUUUGAAGUGUGUAUGUGUAUUCGCGUGCAUGUGUGUAUGUGCUGACGUGCAUUGAGAGUGAGUAAAAACCGAGACAAUACACUGGGAAAUCUCCGUUGGUGUGCACUAACCAAAGCGAUGUACAGUACAUGUGUACUGAUAACACUUUUUUUUAAAUGUUGUUUUAGGUCUGAUAGUUCUGUGGAAAAUCAAAACUAAUUGCAGUUUUUCUCUGUCAUUUCAAGUUGUUUUUUUUAAUCCACUUUGAGUAUUUUAUGGAGUAUAAUAUGUACAGGAACAUUUUAUAAGUCAUAAGUUCACAAAAAAUGCACAAUGAAG